UUUGUCAAAAAUAAACUAAGCACGUUUACGUUUAUUGUGUUCAUUUUCGUAUUUUAAAAUAGUUUUCUUGUUCUUUUUCAUUUAAUAUAGUUCUGAAUAUAAAGAUUUCAUCAAUGUUGUUGAGAUGACGGAACUGACAAUCUAAAGGGAGUCGUAAUUUCUAUGGAAUACGAUCGCAUAUUACAGGAGGCAGUUAUUAGUGUCCACAGUCGAGAAGUAUGUAUAGAAAGAAAUGAAGAGAUGUGACGCGUGCCGAAUUCGUACUGAACGGAGGGUGUCGGAGAGCCGCCUCGGGGACACGGGGGACAGAGAUCCUCUCAUUGUGCCCCCAAUUGUCUCCCAGGAGGAGCCCUAUGAUACUCGUAACUUAUCGUGCGGCAUCUGCUCGAUGUUCCCCUCGUGCAUGUCGUUGCUGUCCCGGCGGCCGGAGCAGUCGGCGCCGCGGCCAGGACAGGCGGCCGUCGUACUCAAUGUAUACGACAUGUACUGGACCAACUGGUACACUGCGGGCGCGGGCGUGGGCGUGUUCCACAGCGGCGUGCAGGUGCACGGCGCGGAGUGGGCGUACGGCGGACACCCGUACGCCUUCACCGGCGUGUUCGAGAUCGCGCCGCGCGACGAGCGGGAGCUCGGCGAACAGUUCCGCUUCAGGCAAAGUGUACAUAUAGGUUAUACAGAUUUCAGCGAAGAGGAAGUGCGGCGGUUAGUGGCCGAACUCGGCAAGCAGUUCCGCGGUGACAGGUAUCACCUUAUGAACAACAACUGCAACCAUUUCACGUCUGCGUUUUGUUUGGCGCUGUGUUCGCGCGACAUCCCUGCGUGGGUGAACCGUCUGGCGUACGUCAGCUCAUGCGUUCCCUUCCUGCAACGUUGCCUGCCCAAGGAAUGGCUGACGCCGGCCGCGCUGCAACACUCGCUGGCCGCACACUCGCGGUCCUCCUCCCCGCAGGCGGCCACCACGCCGCAAUAGCACGCCCGAUGACGUGCUACGACUGUGCACAUAAAGGGAACGAAGUGUUGUGCGAACUAUACUUAGAUCUAAUAAGUUAGGUUUGGCGCAUUGUCGAUACAUUAUAAGCGUGUCACUUUAUUAUUAUAUCUACGACAGUCAUUAUCUAUGUAUUAAGAGUUUUCGGUACUUUUUUUAAUACAUAAAGUACUUUAUGCUACAUUUCUUAAUCAUUUACAAGCUCUACCCAUUUUAUAAAAAAUAAUUGUGUGUAUUUAUUAUAUUAAUUAAAUUAUAAUGUUAAAAUAAAUUGUGUGAAAGCGAAAUAUGCGUUACUUUGAAUGUAAGUUCUUUUAUUAACAUUGAGGUCCAAUUUUAAAAUUUUCAUGUUAAUUAUUUAAAAAAAAUGUUUUACACCGAGAGUAAAACUGUAAGGCACGCCAUCAUGCAUUUUGUUCUUAUGACUUCUUAUGAAUUAAGCAGCUACUAAUACCUGGUAUUAUAAUAGAACCUACAUUUUCAGUCCUUCUUUUGGUAAGAAUGUUGAAAGAUUUAUAUUUUGAUGGCCUCGGUGGUCUAGCGGUUUAACACACCGUCUUACUUCCGAUGGUCGCGGGUUGGAUAUGCGGUUGCGUACUUUAAAAGAUCUAAGCGAACAGACAGCAAAAGCGACUUCAUUUUAUACUUUGUAAAGAUGCAUCUCUAUAAUUAAAUACAUUUCGUAAUACGUAGUUCUAGGCGUCCGUCCGUUGUGAUUCUCUUAUUAAAUGUUAUCGUUAGUAUAAACCAGUCUUGUAAAUACAUUAAUAAAUUUGUAAACAUAUUGAAAAUUUAAUUUUAAUAUCCGCAGAUAAAGAUGCAUUAAUAAUAUUAUUAAUGUCGACUUACUAGUAUGUGGUACAGUGAAAAUCUCAUUUAUGAAUUGAAUUUUUUUAUUAUUAUAGCAAAAUGUUGAUAGUACUUGGAAAAUUGAAAUGAAAGUAUGAAUUAGUUGUAAAAUUUAAGAUUUGGUAUAUUUUCUAUUAUUAAUGUUUUAUUUAUUUAAUUCAGGCUGCUAAUGACCCGUAUUAGAAA